AUGAUCUUUACUUCUGCUUUGUGGGCAGGGGACCGUCCAUACACCUCUUCAUUCGUUCGACACUCCAUUCUUUCUUUCUUUCUUUCUUUCUUUCUUUCUUUCUUUUUCAAAGUCCAUACACCUCUUCAUUCUUUCGACACUCUAUUCUUUCUUUCUUUCUUUCUUUCUUCUUUCUUUCUUUUAAGGAUUUUCUUUUCUUUUUUCGACGUCCAUACAAUUCUUCAUUCGUUCGACACUAUUCUUUCUUUCUUUCUUUCUUUCUUUCUUUCUUUUCUUUUCUUUCUUUUUUCUUCUCAUUUCUAUACUUUAUUUCAUUUCAUUUCUUUCUUUUCUUUUUUCUUUCUUUCUUUCUUUUCAACGUCCAUACAAAGCUUCAUUCAUUCGACACUCCAUUCUUUCUUUUCUUUCUUUUUAUUUUUCGUCUUUCUUUUUUUCCUUAAAUUUUCAUCCAAUGAGAGAGGACUUGCUUGUGAAUUUACUUCUUUUUAUCUUAAUUCGCUUCUAACAUUCGUCUUCCUUCAUAACAUCAUUUUAUUAUUCUUUUCCUUUUUCUUAUUUUUUCUUCUCUAUCUUUUUCUUCUCUUUCUUUUUCAUAAACAUUUUUUAUUCAUUUUUCUUCUUUCCUUUUUCUGUCCUUUCUUUCACUCUCGUAUUCUCCUCUUUUUUUUUCUUAUGAAUCUGCUUUUUAAGUUUUUCUUUUUUUUCUUUUUUCUUUUCUUUAUUAUUUCUUUCUUUAGCUUGUUCCCAUUUCUUUUUCAAAAACAUUCUUCCUGCCUUUUUCUUUAUGUGCAUUCUUUCUUAUUCUCUCUUUUUUUUAUUUCUUUUUUAUUGUAUUUUCAUUUUUGGUUCGUAAACAUUCUUUUGCCUUCCUCUUCAUUUGAAUUCUUUCUUUCUAUCUUUCUUUCUUUCUUUCUUUCUUUCUUUCUUUCUUUCUUUCUUUCUUCUCAUCUAAAGUUUUCUUCUUCUUUUUCUUCUUUCUUUCCUACCCUCUCCUCAUCUACGUUCUUUCUUUAUUCUUUCUUUAAUUAUUUCUUUUUAUCUUUCUUUCUUUCUUUCUUUCUUUCUUUUUUUCACGUCUACAGUCUUUGUUAUUUCUUCUCAUUUUCUUUCUUAACAUCUACGUUCUUUCCUUCUUUCUUUCCUAUUUUCUUUCUUUGUUCUCAUCUACAUUUAUUCAUUUGUCUUUUUUUGCUGUACUUUCUUUAUUUCUUGUAUUCUCCUCAUUUUUUUCAUAAGCAUUCUUUCCCCUUUGUCUUUCUUCUCGUUUGUAUUCAUUUCUUUCUUUCUUUCUUUCUUUCUGUUGAGAUGUUGUGA